UGACUCUAUUCCUGGCUGUCCCAGUCCCUGGAGGACUGCCCGCUGGACGAGGAUGAAGAUGCCUUCCAGGCCCUGGGGGAGGAGGAUGAAGAUAUCGACCAGUUCAACGAUGACACCUUCGGGGCUGGGGCCGUUGAUGAUGACUGGCAGGAGGCCCACGAGCGGCUGGCGGAGCUGGAGGACAAGGCCGGAUCGAGCCGGGAGCCGGACGGUCCCGUUGGGAAUGACGGGGACGUUCUGGGCGAUCCUGAGGAUGCGCUGGCCGAGCGGCUCACACGGCUCGUCAUUGACAGCGAGCUGGAGGACCCGGCCAUCAUGCAGGCCGUGCACACCAGGGAUCCCCCACAGCAGCCUGGAGGGCUGAAUUCCAGCAUCUGGGACAGCUCAGCUGUGCUGCGGCGCAUCCGGGGGCCGCUCCUCACUCAGGAGAUGCCGUCAGUGUCCGUGCUGGAUUAUGCUCUGCCCCAGAGGCCUCCACAGGCUCGGGAUGAGGAGCGGGAUCCAUCGGAGCGGGCGCUGCCCCGGCGUUCCUCGUCCCCCAUCAUUGGGAGCCCCCCGGUCCGGGCUGUUCCCAUCGGCACCCCCCCCAAACAGGCCGCCAUCCCAAACUUCAACCAGCAGAUCCUGUGUCCCAAGCCUGUCCACAUCCGAGCUACCAUGCAGCAGCGUUAUCCCGCUCCCUAUGGAGAGAGGAUGUCCCCCAACCAGCUCUGCAAUGUUCCGAAUUCCUCCCUCCUGGGCCACCCGUUCCCCCACAGCGUCUCUCCCGUUCUCACACACCUGCAGAGAGCCCAGCUGCUUGGAGGAGCCCAGGCCGGCCGAAUGUCCCCCAGCCAGUUUGCCCGGGUGUCAGGGCUGGUGGGGAGCCCGCUGCCCUCUGUGAAUCCCAAGCUGCUCCAGGGCAGAGUUGGGCAGAUGAUGUCCCCGGCCGGAGGGUUCCGUGCCUUUUUUGGGGCUCCCCCCGCCCCACCCCCCUCGCAGCUGCCGCACCCUCCAGGCCCCGGAUCCCACCUGCAGAACCUGAGGCCGCAGCCCCAGAUGUUCCGGCCGGACACGACCCAUUUGCACCCCCAGCACCGCCGGCUUCUGCACCAGCGGCAGCAGCAGAACCGGAACCAGCACCGGAGCCUCAACGGCUCCGGGGGGGACCGAGGGGGCCACCGGAGCAGCCAUCAGGAGCAGAUCCGUAAGGAUCCCUACGCCAACCUCAUGCUGCAGCGGGAAAAGGACUGGGUGUCCAAGAUCCAGAUGAUGCAGCUGCAGAGCACUGAUCCCUACCUGGAUGAUUAUUAUUAUCAGAAUUACUUCCAGAAGCUGGAGAAGUUGGCAGCCGCCGAGGAAGUGCAUGGUGACGGUCCCAAGAAGGAGCGCACUAAACUCAUCACCCCUCAGGUGGCGAAGCUGGAACACACCUACAAGCCAGUGCAGUUUGAGGGCUCGCUGGGAAAACUCACCGUCUCCAGUGUCAACAACCCCCGGAAGAUGAUUGAUGCCGUGGUGACAUCCCGCAGCGAGGAUGAUGAGACUAAGGAGAAGCAGGUCCGGGAUAAGAGGCGACAGACCCUCGUUACCAUCGAGAAGACGUAUAGCCUCCUCCUGGAUGUGGAGGACUAUGAGCGCCGCUACCUCCUGAGCCUGGAAGGGGAGCGGCCAGCCCUGAUGGGAGAGAGGAAACAGAAGAUCUGUGACAUGUAUGACAAUCUGAGGGGGAAGGCACCUGGGCAGGACAGGCCGAGCGAUGACCACUUCAUGCAGAUCAUGUGCAUCCGGAAAGGAAAGCGCCUUGUGGCCCGGAUCCUUCCCUUCCUGGCUCCAGAGCAAGCGGCUGACGUGCUCAUGGCCACAGCCAGGAACCUGCCCUUCCUCAUCAAGAAGGAUGCUCAGGAUGAGGUGCUUCCCUGCCUCUUGAGGCCCUUUUCCCACGUUCUCUAUCACCUUCCCUUGGGAACAGUCACCAGCCUUGUGCAGCAGCUCACAAACCUACCUCAGAGCGCCGCCGCUCCCACCAACCUGCACCUCACUGCUGUGCUCCAAAACAAGUUCGGUCUGUCCCUGCUGUACCUGGUCCUGAGCCGAGGGGAGGAAUUGCAGAGCUCAGACACGAACACAGAGCUGAUGCAGGACAACCAAUGGACGGAGCUGAUGCUGAUGGCGACCCGGGAGCUCCUGCGAAUUCCUCAGGCAGCCUUGGCAAAGCCCGUGUCCAUCCCCUCCAACUUGAUCUCCCUCUUCUCUCGCUAUGUUGACCAGCAGAAGCUGAACCUGCUGGAGACAAAAUUGCACUUAGUGCAGGGGAUCCGGUAGAUCUCCGUGGCUCCUUGCCACCACCAGAAUGUUCCAGAGGAAGGAUGGAAGGAAGAAAGGAUGGAUGGAGGGCACACGGUUCACCCCACAUCUCCCCCGACGCCCGGCCUGGCACAUGGGGCACAUCUGCCCCCCAGUCCCUGGAUCAGCAGGAAGAGGGGAAUGUUUGGCUGCUUCCCACUUCCCCACAAAGUGCUGCCUUCCCCUACUGCUCCCAAUUUCACCCUGACUCUCUCUGCACCCCCAAAAACUGCUGCUUCCCCCCC